AUGCCCAACAUAGCGAAAGAGAUUUGCAAAAAUAUUCGGAAGGUGGAUUUAAAACCGGAUGAUCUUCUUUCGAGUGGUAUUCUGUUCGAAGGAUCGUUAAGAACAAAUCAAAGCAAACUUUACAACAUACUAGAAAAAAAACAGUUAAUACGUCAAUUAACAUCAGACAUACCGACAAAAAUCGAAUUAACUUCUGAUAAAAGGUUAUUCAUAGAAGAUUUUAUGCUUUAUGAAGACGCAAGAUUUCCAAAGGUUAUAAAAUCUGAGGAAAGUUAUUUUCACGAACUAUUCUCUUUUAUGAAUGCGGUAAAAAAAAUUUGGAAGAAAUCGUCAUACCAAAAUCGGGAUCCAGCGAUCAAUGAAAGGACUUAUUCACAUAAUUUUGUGAAUAGUUUAAUCGAAUUUGUUUUUUUAAACACAAAUGUCGAAAUGCGAUGGGACGGUUCACCAUGCCAAUCGACCAAAUUUAGAGAUAUUAAAGGCGAUGGUCCUAUUCGAUAUCCGGACAUGUUCUCUUACGUUAGAAAUGAUUUCUACGAUCACAGCUAUGAUUUUUUUUUUGCUGAGAUAUCAUAUGGUCCGUUUUCAUUAGAUAACGAAGACCACAUCGGGGAGGAUUUUACUAGAUACGAAAAUGAACGUCUAUAUUAUGGACCGAAGCUGUGGACCGUUUCGAAAAAUGGUACCAUAUCUAACGAUCAAGUUACCGAUUAUAAUGUGCGAUCUUCUAUGGUCAAUGACAUGGUAAAACGAAGACAGUUACUAGAAGAAACAAAAAUAAGUGAUAAUGAUACUAUAACUUCUGUUUUCACGCCUGAAAGCUGA